AUGGAGCCCAGGUCACCCGGGGAGUGGAACGAACUAAGUCGAUUGAUUCCAGUUUUGAGCAGCUUCUACGAAUCAGUAAUUGCAUCUACCCAGAAAGGUCAUUAUGCGACCGGUACCGGCCUGGGCUGCCGACUUGCCGGGCAAAAUUCAAUACCCUUUCUAGGAAGCACACUGCCCAGCGACCAACUACAGCAUGAUGAUAAUCGAAUACCCGUCUUACUACAGGCAACUAUGAUCAUGGAACGAUCCCAUCAUGCGAUAUCAGAUGCAGAGGUGGCUGGGCUAUCUGAUGCUAUCGCAUAUUUAAAAGACCUCCUCCAGCCAACAGACCUCGAUAACUGUUGGGCUCCCAUGUCAGGUGCCUUGAUUUGGUGUUUGGCCAUCGGGGCUCGCCGGUCUUUACCAAGUGCUAUCCGGAAGUGGUUUGUGAUGCAAACCGCGCGGGUUAGUUGUGCUAUUGCAAUGAACCGACCUCAGGCUGUAGUGAGAUGUCUUCGCGUUGUACUGGAAGGGCUAGAUGGAGCGGAUGUCUGCCGACGGCAAGACUUUUCUUUGGAUGAUUUACUGUGA